UUGAGCGCAGUCCAUCUUCUUGCGUUCUUGUCUUUGUCCUCCUCAUCGUCACCUCUCUUCGCGUCCACUUCAUCAAGUUUACAUCGCUGACUGCCGAUGCUUUUGCUUUUGACUACGCUCGUGUUUCCGGUGUGGCUGCUUGGUUCCGCCAGUCAGUGUGGAAUGGUCCGCGGUUCGUCUUGUGGGUCGUGUCCACCUCAGCAUGGGAACUUCAGGGUCCAAAAGGAAGAACCUGAGGACUGAUGCCAUUUCUUCCGUGGCCGCUAAAGUUCGGGCAGCCAGAGAGUUUGACGAAUACGUGUCCAAUACUAAUCCAGAGAAUCGCAGCAGACCAGAUCAACUGUUGUCUGACUCCUUCGCUCCCCAAGACUGUGACUCUCCAGACCCUCUCGGUUGCUUGCAUAACAACAAUCUGCCGCCACAGAGUCAGUCUUUACCCGUAGCCAAGUCCAGCAAGGCCGAGCAUCCCGAUCGUAGUGAUCAGAUCCAAUCCCAUCCUCAGGCAAACCCACUCAAAGCUCAGGCGCCUUUAGGCCCAUCAAAACGUAGACUCUCUGCGGCACGCAGCCUCUCCACAGAGAACCCACCCAGUGCUCCUGACCCAGAGGGGCGUGGGAUGGUGAAGCCAGCCAGGGUGUACACCAUCACAAAAGAGGUCAGGAUGACUCUGGGCCCUGGAAGCAAUGAAAGCCUGGAACUGGACGUCCUGAAGAGCAGCAAGGAUGAGCCAUUAUCCCAAGGCCAAAACCAUAAGUCAUCUUUCACCAACCAGCAAUCAUUUUCAUCAGUUCGUGGUAGCCAUCACCGUAGCAGCCAUCACCACGCCCACAAGCAUCGUGAAGGUCCUUUGUCGUCCUCUCAGUCACUGCAGCACUCUGACAGCUCCAGUAAUAUCCGAGACUGGGGAAUGAGUAAAGGGGGUUCAGACUGUGGGGCCUGCAUUCAUGCUCCAUGUCCAAGCCAGCGUUCCCUCGACCUGGAUACUUCACCAUGGACUGGAGGGAGGCACCUCAAGAAACUGGAAAGGAUGUACAGUGAAGACGGAGCAUCGACUGAUGAAAAGGACGAUCAUCCAAACAGCUGGUUCCCCAAAGAAAACAUGUUCAGCUUUCAGACCGCCACCACCACCAUGCAGGCGGCUUUCCGAGGCAUUGCGGAGAAAAAGAGGCGGAAAAGAGAGCAGGAGGCAGCCACCGUGAUGGAGAGAAAUUUCCGCAAACACCUUCGGAUGGUGGGCAGUCGAAGGAUGAAGGUGCAGACAGCCUUUGUCGACCGCCGAGCCAAGAGUUUCAGCCGCUCAUGGAGUGACCCCACCCCCGUCAACCCGGAUUCGCUGCAUGACUCCAGAGACAGUGGUGAUCUCCAGACCUCCUCAGCGACCCUCAAUGAAGGGCUAGAUGAGGAUGCAGAUUGGGGGGAUGAAAGACAGAUGGAGAGAAUAGCCUGUGAAGGCGAGGACUUCAUCCCACCUAAAAUUAUCCUGAUCUCCUCCAAGGUUCCUAAGGCUGAAUACGUUCCCAACAUCAUUCGCAGGGAUGACCCUUCCAUCAUUCCUAUUCUUUAUGACCAUGAACAUGCCACGUUUGAUGACAUCCUCGAGGAGAUUGAGAAGAAGCUGACUGCCUACAGAAAAGGCUGUAAGAUUUGGAACAUGCUCAUUUUCUGCCAGGGAGGACCAGGCCAUCUGUAUUUAUUGAAGAACAAAGUUGCCACCUUCGCCAAAGUGGAAAAGGAGGAAGACAUGAUCCAUUUCUGGCGGCGGCUUGGCAAGCUGAUGAGCAAGCUGAACCCUGAGCCCAACCUCAUCCACAUCAUGGGCUGCUACGUGCUGGGGAGUGCAAAUGGAGAAAAGCUGAUCCAGACUCUGAAGAGACUGAUGAGACCCUCCUGCGUUGAGUUCAAGUCCCCACUAGAGCUGUCUGCACAGGGCAAAGAGAUGAUUGAGAUGUAUUUCAACUUCCGCUUGUUUCGUCUGUGGAAAAGCCGGCAGCACUCGAAAAUGAUGGACUACGACGACCUGCUGUGAGGACACAAUGCCGUGUUGGCGUGUUGGCUUGUCGGCCAGUGACAUCACACCUGAGCCGCCGUGCGCUUCCAGGGUGUUGCUCGAAAGGCGUCUGGAAAAUUGUCGCUAGAGCAGCCCGGCGGAAGAGCUGGGAAUGAGGCGGUGGCGGCACCGUUUGGACUUUUUGCCCUCGCCUGGACUGACAGCGCGGUCCUGUAGAUUGAGCGGUAGUGGUGUUCUCUCCUUUAUCCACCGUCCCUUCUGCUCAGCUCAGAGGACAUCAUGAGACGAUCCAUCCGUAGCCUGAACGUGUCGGAAUAUGCUAACUCCUGUUAGAUUACUUCUGGGUACACGUGCCGGAUAAACGAGGAAAGCAGAGAGAGGCUUAACUAGUUUCAUUGUUCUGUGCAAAGUGACAAUACUUAAGUGUAAAUAUUCUUAUUGGAGCAUUAGAGAAUAGAUUUCCGGCAUCUAUUGCCGCUGGCGUAUACAAUAAUCAAUAUUUACUUGUCCUUUAAGAAUGAAGCUAUUUAACACUGCUUUUUCUAAUCACUUAAAAGCUAUGUAUUCCUAUUUAAGACAGACACUUUAUGUAUGAACUCAGGAUAAAGCCAUUGUUUGAGAAUUAGAUGCAUAGUAUAGCAUAGCAUAGCAUAGCAUAGCAUAGCAUAGCAUAGCAUACUGUGGAUCAGGGUUUUUUUAAAGUGUGACAGUUUGUGUGAAGCAUAUUUUGUGGCGUUUUUUUUUGCUUUGUUUACUCACCAUCGGAACAAAAAAAACGGAUUAUAUUCAAGUUAGCUUAGCAGGGGACGUUUUGUUUUUUUUUUUUUCAUUUUUCUCAAGCUGCCUCACGUCCCCUAAAGUCUUCUGCGCCUCACACCUUGAAACCCCCCCUGCCGGUGACCACAAGUGAAGGCCACGGUGGGACGGGCGGUACUGCAAAUGUUGGUAUGGAUCCGAUACAGAGCCAGUAUCAUACCGAUACGCAUACCAAUUAUGAGACUGUACAAGGUCAUUGAAUGAUUUUGUGAUAAUAAUUUGUUGAUCGUGACGAUAAUCACAGUAAAACAUUUUAGGCAAACAAAAAAAAAGAUUUUGAUCAACAAUGUGUUUGUGAACAACAAAAUAAAUACACCAAUAUAAGACAUUGUAACAAUAUCAACAAAAUAAUACAAUUAGUACUUUUUAUGAUGUACAAUUGUUUGAGAAUAAUAGUCCAUAGUUGCAAAAAGUCACUAUAAGAACAUAUGAAUAAAACAACAAGUAUGAGUACCCACAACAACAACAAACACACUCCUAUUUGUGGAAGACAAGAAGAUAUCGAUCCAUAUUUGGAUCCAUCUGCUACGCCGGUCACACGUGAGAGGAGGAGAUGGCGUCUGUUCGUAUAACCAAGCACUCGCAUGCCGUGUAGCGUGACACGUUUGACCCCGCUGAGUCAGCACAAACUCUUCUUUCUUGAGCGGUUGGCUCGCAGGUCGUUUUUGUGUGCGUUUGCAUGUUCAGGUGUCAGAAUGUGCUUGUCAGUAACUCCGUAGGUAGAAGGUAGAGCAGGGGUGUCCACUUUUGGGGGACAGGAUGGAACGUGUUGUUGAUGCGGACUUCCCGUCCACCCCGACGACAUUGAAUUCAAUAGCGUUUCUCGCCUUCUUUACCUAAUUGUUGCCGCUCUUUCUUUUGGCCCCGUGGCGAAUUAUUUUGCAACUGUGCUCAUUAUAAAGUGGGCGGACAGUGAGUCAGCAACACGUAGGAUGCUUUGCUCGGCCACUGUUGGAUGAAAACCGAAUCGUCUGAAAACCCAGACAAUGCAUGAAAACCAGGGAAAAACGUUGGCGAAAGCUUCAAAACGAAAUCACACCAAAACCGAGACAAACUUUUUGUGAACAUUUUCGGCAUCGAACGAACCACACAAAAACCGAGACAGUGUACGAAAAUUAGGAAAAUAUUUUUGUGAAGAAUUUUCGUGAAAAUCGAGUGAUGCAAAAACCGAGACAAAAUUUUAUCGAACAUUUUUUGACAAAAACCUAAUCAGACAAAAACCGAGACCAUGUACGAAAAGCUAGACAACAUUUUAGCGACAAUUUUUGCCAUCGACCGAACCACACAAAAACUGAGAUAGUGUACGAAAACUAGGAAAAUAUUUUUGUGAAGAAUUUUGGCGAAAAUCUAAUUAUGCAAAAACCGAGACAAAAUUUUAGCAAACAUUUUUGACAAAACCCUAAUCAGACAAAAAACGAGACAAUGUACAAAAAGCUAGACAACAUUUUGGUGACAAUUUUCAACAAUAACUGAAUCAUAUGAAAACCAAGACAAUAUUUGAGCAAAAAUGUUCAACAAAAAUCGAAUCAUACAAAAACCAAGACAAUGUAUGAAAACCAGGACUAAAGUUUAGUGAACAUUUUUAGCAAAAACGUAGCAAAAUCAUACAAAAUCCUAGACAGGGUACCAAAAUAUUUUAGCAAAUAUUUUCGACAAAGACUGAAUCAUGCGAAAACCAAGAAAAAAUCGUUGCAAAAAUGUUCAACAAAAACCAAAUCAUUCAAAAAGGCUAAUUUUUUGGGGAAAAUUUUCGACAAUAGCCCAAUCAUACAAUUGACAAAACAAACAACAUUUCUGUGAACAGUUUCGACAAAAACCAAGUCAUCAAAAAAAAAAAAAAAAAACAGAAUUUCUGCGAAAAUUUUAGAUGAAAACUGAAUUGUACAAAAAAUGAGGCUUGAUUGUAGCACAGUAUAUAAUAAUAUUUUUUAUUAAUAAUGAAUUUAUCACAUUUUCUAAAUAUGCAGAAAAUUAGCUGUGGGCCAAAAAUGAACCCUGGCCCGUACUGUGUACACCCCUGGCCGAAAAACGCUCUGAUUCCACUCUGCUAUCAUUUCUGUUUGCUACACAGUCCCACCAUACAUUUCAACACAUUCUUCUUUGGUUAUUUCCAUUAUUACCCCGACAAGACGCCUCAGCUGCACCUCUGACGACAAUAGACCGUUUAAAUGUGUUCAAAAGUACGUAUAAGUAACAGUUUGAUGUAGCAUAACUGCUGCUUUUAUUGUGCAACAUGUGUAGCGUCAACCUGAGCAAGUGAUGUUUAUAUUGCUGAGAUGGUGUGACAAUACAUAAUAAUACAUACUCUACAGCUGGAGUCUAUCCCAGGUGACUGAGUACACCAGGGCAGCAUAUACAGUAUAAUGACCCCAUCUACUUCCACCUACUUUACUUCAUGUGUGUGUGUGUGCACAUCAUAUGUCAUGGGAAAGUCUUCCAAGAUGCUUUGCUUAGAUUUGUGCCAAAACGUGAUAAAUCAGCCAUGUCAAAAGCAAGGAGUCUAGUUUUGAGGUAACACUGAGAAACCUCCCAUGCUUUCUAUAGUUGAUUUAAAGUUAGUUUUUACAUGGUGUCUCUUCCUGUUCAAAUAAAGCUAGCGUGCUGUCCGUGUCUUUGUAAGCAGCAGGGGAUCAAAUACUUCUUUUUCCCACUUUAUCGUGCUCUUUUGUGAAAUGUUUCAGAGCACAACACAGUAAAGGUGUUUUCCUGUAGUACUGUUAAAAUAAUAUAUCAGAGAAUAACACAUUGUUGUACAAUUUGUUACGAACAAAAAAAAAACGUGUAUGAAUUUGGCCACGGUGUUUCCGUGUUGCGUGUACUCGUGCAGUUAUCACGUCAAGGGACUUCAGGCGUGACGAGCAAUGACGCCUGCACGGGCGCCGUAUGGAUGAAGUCACUGUCAAUAAAUACAAUAUUUGAAGGCUGUUGAUCCGCUGUGGCGCAAAAUAUGUGUUGUGCUGUUCAAGGAAAUCAUGUUAGCGUGUAUUUGAUGUAUUUUGUGCAACGUCACAUGGAAAACGGAUGUCACCUGUGCAGUGGCGGAGCCAGAAAUGUUUCAUUUGUGUGGCCAACAUGAGACCGUUACGGCGUGGUAACGCGUUGAAGCCUGAAUUGAAGGGUGGCCACAGCCACCACCGGCUACCCCGUAGCUCCGCCUGCUGUUCGAUCGUCUACAAGAGCAAUUAAUAGCUGAGCAGUGUGCUGAGGACAUGUUUUAAAUGCAUAGAUUCUGGAUUCUGCUCCCCAUCAUGGCGGCCAAAUACGGAAGUGGCUCCUGUUUUAACUCUGACCUUUACAUGCCCACUCGUGCUGAUACAGAGAGCUACCAUUAUUAACAUAUUCAUGUGCUGAAUCGCGCUUCAUUGAAAUUGAAAUUGAAGUCAAAGUCAACAUAGUAAGAGAACUUGACCGGAACCGAUCAAAGUAAUCAUGGAAAACUUACCUACGCUUGCAGUUCAUGCAAGAAGCGGUUUUAUUGACAACUCGUCCACACGGAAAGUUGUGUGCUGCAGUGAAAUGCGUCCAAGCGGAAACGGCGGUUCGGCUGAACUAAUGUUCCUCACUGGAGAGCCGCGUUUGUCAAAACUGUCCCCCAGCCGUGGGGGUGGACCGGAAAGUGACUGGGUUACCCCGUAGCUCCGCCACUGCAUCAGUGUCAAAUCAAUAUCAUGUCUUCUUAUGUGUGCAACCGUUCCGAUGCUUCAUGACUUUGUUGGUUAGAUUUUAGAAUACAAUUGGACGUAUUUUUUUUACCCUUGAUUGUAUGUGAACACUUAAUACUUCUUCAUGUUGAUAUUCUUGUUUAAAAUACUAU